GAUCUGAGGUUCGGGGUUAGGUUAGGGAGGGGAUUGCGUUUGUUUGGUGCGAGUCUGUGUGGGAACCAGACGAGGCUGAGAGAUGACGGUUUCGGAGGACGAAGACGAAAAUCUUGCUCAUUUCCUGGAAUCCGAGGUCCUCUCUGAGGCCUCCGAUCAGGAAAAAGACGCGGUUGCAGAGCAGCCACAAGCAAAGAGAUUGCGCGUGGAUGAGGAAGGAAGCAAGAGAAGUGCCCCCAAGAGGAUAGAGACUGGCAUCUUCAGCAAGAUCCCCCCUGAACUUUUCCAUCAUAUCCUCAAAUUCCUCUCCUCCGAGGACCUUGUUGCAUGCUCACUGGUUUGUAGAUUCUUAAACUGUGCAGCAUCUGAUGAAAGCUUAUGGCGUCGACUGUAUUGUAUGCGCUGGGGUCUGUUGCAGCACAAAAAGUUUCGACAAUGUGCUUGGAAAAAGCUGUAUAUCGAGCGUGAUGAAGAAGACAUGAUUGAAUUUGUGAGAAAUUGCCCAUCUGAGUUCAAGGAGUAUUAUAUCCAAAUGCAGGUAGCAAAGAGAAGCCAAGCACCUCUUUUGUCACAGGUAAAUGAUGACCGGAUAAUUCUUGACAAGACUGUUGCUGAUCAAGUGUCUAGUUGGAAAAGUAGUCGAGGUCUGACUGAUAAGGUGGACAUCGACCAUAACUGUUCUGGAGUAACUUGUACCUACUACCAAAUUGGGGAUGUAUUUGUUUGUGAGAAGACCGGACGUGUUCAUGUAUGUGAUGAUACAUGCAGAGAAGUUGUUAUGGAUACAGCCAAUGAUAUUGUGGUUUGUACAAUUUCUGGGCACUGUUUUGAUAGAUUACUGGUAUCAGAUGAAGAACCAGACACUGAACAGCAACAAGGUGGGGUAACAGAUGAAGCUGAACCAUUCAUGGGAUCUGGCCGUUUUGCACGGGCGUAUUUGCUAGGAUACAACUGCGCUGAUGAGAAGGAACUUGAAGCUGCUUUGAGGUUCUGCUGAUCUAUCAGAAAUUGGAGUACUAAGACUGCUUAAUCCAAACAGCUGUACGCAACAUGUUAAUAAAAUUUAUAAGAGUGGAGUGCAGGAAGAAGCACCUUUUUGGUUGUUGCUAUGACUCUGUUGAGCUGUUUUGUUGUAUAGCCUACUCUUCUUAUAAAUAGAUGUAUGUGGGUUUUCAAGGAUUUAUCAU